GUAUAAUGUGUUGCCUGCCCACCCGGCGCAUCACCACCUGUCACCUCAACAUAACCUAGAUAAACAAACCGUCAAAAAAAAACGACCGACGAUGCUUUUCAAAGUGCUCGAAACGUUCAUAAUGUACGUAUUAGUGUGCGCUUUGGCCUUUGACGACAUUUUCGUCGAUGGAAACGACUCGCAAGAGAUGAUAGAGCAGGGCCGGACCCAGUACCAGCUUCUCAGGGAAAAAGGCAACCUACCUCGGUACGGCACCUGCUGGAAAGGCGCCCUCGAGCACGUGGAAGACGGCUGCAAGAACCUCUCCGAAGACACCCAGAGUGACAUGGCCUUACACAUAACUAACUGUUUUCUUGAAAUGUCGGGCCAUGAAACGUACAAUUGCGAAUUGGACAAAAAGCCAAACUUGCGAAGCAUUUGCAUUAGUAGUAUGUCUGAUCGGGCGUUUCACGUCUAUACGGAGUUCUACACACACGUGCAGAAUAUCUGCUGGUUUUUGCGUGGCCAGAUUUGGUACGAAACCAUCAGUGAGAAUAGUUUUAAAGUGGGGAAGCGGUUAGAAGAGUCGGCUAAAAAUCAAGAAGAGUUGCUGGAAGCACAGAAGGAGAGUCUAGAGAUACAGAAGAAGGUGCUAAAGCAGGAGAAAUUGCUAGAGGAGGUGUUGGGCGAUUUGUACGUUUCCACAAAAGCGCAUCAGGAAAUUUUGGGUGUUUUGGCGCGAAGUGUCGCCAAGUUUCAGACGUGGGUCAUUGGGGAGGUGUCCUGGUUUGACUCGAUUGUGUUUUAUGUGAUUUCGGGAUUAUUCGUUUUUAUGUUUACGGCGAUUAAGCGCACGGCAAGUGCCCGAUUGCCACUUUUGAUGAUUUUAUUCGCCAAUUUGGUCAUUGAACGUUUUAUUUGCUAUUUUCUAGUCACCGAUGACGCCUUAGUUGAUUCGAGAAUUUUAUACGACGCGAUUUAUUCCUACAUUUGGUAUUGUCGCUACUUUUUUAUUUUUUUGUCAGUUCUUUAUUUCUUUUAUCACUUUUAUAAUUACAAAGACUUGAUGCUUGAAAACAAUAAGUUCCUCCAAACUAUCAGUAAACAGAAUACGAAAAUUUUAGAACUGUUGCAAGGUUUUAAUAAUAAUUUUCGGGAGCGGACGCCGAAGAGUGAUAUUAAUUUUAUUAACGAAAGUCUGCAUUGUAACGGGUUUUUAAAAAAAAGUAACGUUGAUUUUGAUGAGAGUGGCAGCUCCACCUAUUCUGAAAAAAUAAGGGGCAGGCGAACGUAUCUAAAAAAUUUAACCGUGACUGAAACUCAUAGUCGGUAUAACUUACGCAGUAAGCAAAACACGCCUGAUUUAAAUUAGUAAAGUGCCUGAUUGUAAAUAUUUGUAAUUAAUUGUUGACGCUUAGUGUAAAUACCAAAGUUUAUUUUAACCCAACCUGUGCUCAAAAAUGAUUCUCUCUUGAAAUCGUCUGUAAAGAAGUGUCGUUUGUAAUAUUGGUUGCAUGGACUUCAGAUUUUCGUAAUACAGUAGAACGUCGAUCAUCCGAGUUUUUUGUGCAACUAAUAUGGAGGAUUUCCAAAAGAAAUAUUAUUUAAGUUACUUAAUUGUAUUUAUUAAUGAAUAAAAAAUUACAACAAUGUUUUAUCG